AAAUAGAAUAGGAACAUCCCCACAUUUGCAAAUUGCAAGCAUAACUAGUCUUCAUUCCUCACUCUUUCAUCUUCACACAUACAGUAAGUAGCUAUAAAGAAAGCAUGAUUGAAUGUUUAGCUAGCUGGUUAACCCCCACAGUUCUCUUCUGUUUGUUGAAUCUCAUGAUUGGAACUAUUUUCAUUACUUCAAAUCUCAAAACUGAUAAAAAACUCAUCACCACAACAACUCCAUCUCUGUUACAUCGAGUCAACUCCUUUAAUUUCUCUUUCCCUGAGAAUCCAUUUUUCUCCCAUAACUCACAACUCGACCCUACUCCGUCUCUGCUACAACGGACAAAGUCCAUCAAAUUCUCUUUCUCACGGCCCGACCCAAUUCCCCAAUACGAUGAUGAUCAAAUUGAACCGCAGAUAGAAGUGAGUCACGUGACAAGAAGUAAACCUGCCACGUGCACGGAGGUGAAAGUACAAACGAGGACGAUAUUGGUGAAAUCGGCAAGUGAGAAGAAGAUGCCGGUGGUGACGGAGAUGGAUUUGCGGCGACCGGCGACGACGAGGGAAAGAGUGACGUCGUCGUUAGGGGAAGAUGAAGCAGUUGAUAAGAAAGCUGAUGAUUUCAUUAAUAAGUUUAGGCAACAGUUGAAGUUACAGAGGCUUCAUUCUAUUCUUAGGUACAAUCAAAUGUUGAACAGAGGUGAACCAUCCAAUUAAAUUCCCACAAACAUACCCUUACUUUUUA